AUGUUAUCACCCACUGAGGAAUUACAUCCUACAGCAAAUCUUUACACAACAUGGACCACCAACAAUGACCAACCCAUGCUCCUUAGAGAAACCAAUAUAGCUAAAUUCGCCUGUGGUUUUUUCUGUGAAGGAAAUUGUACCUCUUACCUCUUUGCCAUAUUUAUUUCUCCAACCAAAUACUCCGAUACUCAGGUCAUUUGGUCCGCCAACCGCGACUAUCGAGUCAAGAAGAAUGCGAUAUUGAAUUUCACCGCAGCUGGAGAACUGUUCCUACAGGAUGCAGACGGAAGAAUAGUUUGGACCACAAACACUGCAGGAAAGUCAGUUGCUGGCAUGAACCUAACUGAUGCCGGAAAUCUGGUUUUGUUUGAUAACAAUAACUCGGUAGUUUGGCAAUCUUUUGAUCACCCAACAGAUUGUCUGCUACCUGGCCAAAAGUUGUUCCAAGGUCAAGAAUUGAAAUCUAGUGUUUCCUUAGACAAUUCGUCGGAAGGUAUGUAUUCUCUUCAAGUCACGGAUAAAGGUUUGUUUGCUUAUGUUCACUCAAACCCACCUCAACCCUAUUACAGUAGGUUUACCUAUCUAUACGGCAAACCCAACACAAAUAAAGUUAGAAAAUACGUCAGCUACUUGAAUGGGGGUUUGGCAUUUUUCAUAUAUUCUUCCGAGUCAAGUGAUCCCGACGUUGUGAUUGGCAUACCUCAAGCAUCAUCGGCUCAGUAUAUGAAACUGAUGUCAAAUGGGCAUUUGCAAGUGUUUGAAGGGAAACGGCCAUCUGGAGGGUGGAUGGUGGUAGCCGAUCUUACUACAGGUUAUGUAGAUGAGUGUAGUUAUCCUUUAGUUUGUGGAAGAAGUUCCGUUUGCUCAACUAAUCAACAAUGUAGUUGUCCUGAAAUAGAAUAUUUUAGACCCGUAGACGAUCACCAACCCAACCUGGGUUGCUAUGAAGUUACUCCACUCACAUGUAAUUCUACACAAGGUCAACAUUUUAUUACACUCGAACAUGUUAGUAUUAUUUAA